AUGGAAGCGCCCCAAGAAAGCGACGCCCAACGCCGCGCCCGCGAGCGCCGCGAGCGCCGUCAAGCCAAAAUCGCCUCACAAGGCUCAUCACGCCUGGAAGCCAUCACCUCGCUGAGCGGCCGCCCCGCUCCCGCAGUCGAAGAUGCCAGCCCUGCGCCCCCAGCAAAACUCUCCUCCGCGGAACCGCCCCCCACCACCACCGCCGCCGCUGCGCACGACUCCGCCGACCCGCCCGAAGUCGACAUCAGCGAGCACUACUACCAGCCCGCGCCGCGCCGCCUGCCCCCCUCGUCCGGCGCGUCGGGGGCCUCCACGCCGUUCGGCCCCGCCAGCGGGAGGGACAGUCCGUUCGCCGGUGGCGGGGCGAUGGACAGCGACCCGAUGAUGCGGAUGAUGCAGCAGAUGAUGCAGGGCGGCGACCAGGCCGGGGGCGGCGGCGCUGGCGGCGGCGCGCAAGGAGGAGGAGAAGACCCGAUGAUGAAGAUGAUGCAGGCGAUGAUGGGCAUGAACGGCGGCGGCGCUCCGGGCGGGCAGACGGCGGAGGCGCAGAAGCAAGCGACCGGCUCGGCGUACGUGUGGCGCGUCGUGCAUGCCGUCUUCUCGUUCGGGCUGGCGGCGUACGUCGCGCUGACGUCGACGUUCGACGGGUCGAAGCUGGGCAGGGUGAAAGGCGGAUCCUUCACCCACCUCGACGACGACGACGCGGGCGCGGCGGGGAGGCGGCUGUUCUACAUCUUCGCGACGGUCGAGGUGCUGCUGCAGACGACGCGCUUCUUCGUGGAGAAGGGCAGGCUGCAGCACGGCGGCAUCAUGGGCACGUUGGCGACCGUCCUGCCCGAGCCGUUCGCUGGGUACGUGAGGCUGGCGGGACGGUACAGCGUCAUCUACACGACGGUCGUGGCGGAUGCCAUGGUGGUGGUGUUUGUGCUGGGAGUGAUGGCGUGGUGGCAAGGUGCGGUGGUGAACUAG